AUGCAGCCUGGUUCGUCGGGCAGCACAUCCACCGGUGGUGGUGGUGGCGACGGGAGCACAUCUUCUUCGUCUUCCCAGGUCCACUCGUCGCAAGCUGUGAAUGGCCAAGUAGCCGCGGCCAUUGCCGGCGCUGCCGUCGCUGGUUUGUUGUUUGUCAUGAUAGCCAUUUUCUUCGUCGUGACAAGGAAGAGGAAGAAGGAUGGGCUGGUCUAUCACACAGACGGGAGCUACUACAUGCACUCGGGUCAGCUUGUAGGCUCCAACCACCCGUCGGGGGUGUUCUACGGGCCGCCGCCGCCGGGCGCAUCGGGCGGGUUCUCCUACGGCCCUCUGGCGACGCCGGGGCCGCCGGGCGCCACGGACAGCUUCAGGGGAGCAGGGUACUACCGGUCGGGCAGCCUGGAGCAGCAGCAGCAGGGGGCGCCGGGGUCCAACAAGUCGUCGUUCAGCUACGAGGAGCUGACGAGCAUCACCAGCAACUUCGCCCGCGACAACGUGAUCGGCGAGGGCGGGUUUGGGUGCGUGUACAAGGGGUGGCUCGCCGACGGCAAGUGCGUGGCGGUGAAGCAGCUCAAGGCCGGGAGCGGGCAGGGGGAGCGCGAGUUCCAGGCGGAGGUGGAGAUCAUCAGCCGCGUGCACCAUCGCCACCUCGUCUCCCUCGUCGGCUACUGCGUGGCGCAGCACCACCGGAUGCUCAUCUACGAGUUCGUUCCCAACGGCACGCUCGAGCACCACCUGCACGGUCGCGGCGUGCCGGUGAUGGAUUGGCCGACGAGGCUGAGGAUCGCCAUCGGCGCCGCCAAGGGGUUGGCGUAUCUGCAUGAAGACUGUCACCCUCGGAUCAUCCACAGGGACAUCAAGUCGGCCAACAUCCUGCUCGAUUACUCGUUCGAAGCACAGGUGGCGGAUUUUGGGCUGGCGAAGCUGUCCAACGACACCCACACGCACGUGUCGACGCGGAUCAUGGGCACUUUCGGGUACCUGGCGCCGGAGUACGCGUCGAGCGGGAAGCUGACGGACCGGUCCGACGUCUUCUCCUUCGGCGUCGUCCUGCUGGAGCUCAUCACCGGCCGGAAGCCCGUCGACCAGGACCGCCCGCUCGGGGAAGAGAGCCUCGUUGAAUGGGCUCGGCCGGUCCUGGCGGACGCCAUCGAGAGGGGCGACCACGACGAGCUGGUCGAUCCGCGGCUGCAGGGCGUGUACAACAAAGCCGAGAUGGUGAGGAUGGUGGAGGCCGCCGCCGCGUGCGUCCGCCACUCGGCUCCCAAGCGCCCUCGCAUGGUGCAGGUGAUGAGGGCACUGGAUGUGGACGUGGACGAAGGGAGCAUGUCGGACCUAAGCAACGGGGUGAAGGUGGGGCAGAGCCAGGUGUUCAACAACAACCAGCAGGAUGCCGCCCUUGAGCAGCUCCGACGCACGGCCUUCGCCUCCGAGGAGUUCACAGGGGAGUUCGAGCCCUCCAGGGAGUACGGUGCCGCCAACUCCGAUUCACGCCCCAUGAACCGGAGACCUGCAAGCUGA